GCAAUGUUAGUGGUCAGUGUACCAGUGUAUGAAACAGACUGGACACAGUGGAGUGAAGGGGGAUUUUUUCUUUUAAUAAAUUUAAAUAACAAAGCACUGUGAGAGAGAAUCAAACAGGCUUCAUGGGGUUCCAGAGCUGGAGAGCUGAGGCUUUGUGGACGGUUCUGCUGCAGUUUGGGGUUUUAAGUUUGCACUGCUGGGAUAUGAGAGGCACUGUUGCCCUCUCUCCAACUCCAGCAUCCCAAACUCAGCACAAACCGGUCUACAGCUUCGGCAGGAGUAUCCUGGGACUGGAUAAAUGUAAUGCCUGUAUCGGCACAUCCAUUUGCAAGAAAUUCUUCAAGGAAGAAAUAAGGUUUCACAACUGGUUGUCUCCACGUCUGAAGCUGCACCCAAGCUUCAAGAAGAGCUACCCUGGGAACUACACUGACGAUUCAGAGAACUGGAGACCGGUUGUCGUUUCCCGCUUGCUCACAAAAUACAAGCAUGACGUGUCGGACACGAAUAUCUGCGCCUCUGAGGCAAAGGGGGCGACCUGCAGCAUUGAAAACGUGUUGAGGAGCACCAAACGCUUUCAAAAGUGGACAAGCUCGAACUUGCUUACUCCCGACCUGGUGCAGGGGUUAUCCAGUCCCAUGCUGCGAUGCCCAUCUCAGAGGCUCCUGGAUCGCAUAGUGCGCCGUUAUGCUGAGGUGCUGGAUGCAGGGAGCAUGCUAAUGAAGCAUUUCACAGACCGAGAUAAACUGAGACUGCUUUAUACACUCGCUGUCAAUCCGCAUCCUAUAAUGCUACAGAUUUUCCCCGGAACGGAAGGAUGGCCCUUUGUACGAUACUAUGGAUCUUGUGGGAGAAUGAUGGUAUCAACGAGCACCAAACCCAUCAGGCAGUCCUACGGCUCCUCCUCCGAGACCACAGCAGACCUAGCGUAUCAGCUCCUGCAUGUCACCCAGUCUCUGAGAACAAACGGGCUCAACUUCCUUCUGUACUACACCAGGGUCACAGACGACAUGUUUGGCACGUUCGAGGACGGGCGGCUGUUCAUCACAGAUGCCAGCACCAUAGGAGUCAUCGAUAAGCAGGAAGGUCUUCAUCAGACCGAUGACAGGCUACAGGAUUACAGGGAUGUCUUCUCUUGUUUGAGUUUAAACUGCAAGAGCUCUCUACCUUGCCAGACUGUAAGAGAGUCACAAAGCCUGCUCUUAAUCUGCAGGGAUAUUCUUCCAAAACUGCUGCAGCCCAGCCAAAAUCAAAACAAGAACCUGCAAAAUGAAAUGGACAGACUAAUAAGUCUUUGUGGAAACAGUACGCUCUCCGACAGCAGUAUUAUAAAUGCAGCAAAUGCACUGAUGAACCUGCUCCAACCACUGCGCCCUUGUAGUCAGCACUUUACUUACAGAUACCCUGAAUGUAAAUAUAACAAUGCAUUUUGACUUGUGUGGAACACUGGACUGCAGCCUUCAAGCAGGGAUUGUUAAUGUAUUAUAUCACAUGCAACAAUUUAAUAAACGUAACUCUACUAUACUUGUAAUAUAAUAAACUUGUUUUUUGCAAUUAAUGUUCCAGAUAGAGAACAGUGCAAAAAUUGUAUAAAUGGGCCACUGACAAUCAGUGAACAUGAAAUACAUGCC